AUGACAGUAAACGACGACCUCGCAGACUCCGAGACGGAGGCUAUCAUCAACGACCCCAGCGGCGGUUUCCUCGGCCACCUCGCACCGUCCGAAGCCAUCCCCCACUACGCAUAUUUCGGUCCCAAGCAGUUUCUCCAGAUCUUCGAGCGAGAACACAACCCCAACCGCCAAACCGACCACUGGUUCCUGCUGACCGGCGUCACGCAGCGUGUCUUCAACGAGACCUUUCUCGAAGCCGAGUCCGGCCCCUUUUCUCGCGCUUUCGCGUACGACCCCUUCUUCCAUCGGCUCUUGGUCGCUACCCCAGAGUCGACGACGCAUUCGGUCGCGGGUACGGCGUUCGACCGCAUGGUAGAUCGCGCGGCUGAAGAUAUAGGUAUGGAUUAUGAGGUCGUAGCAAUGGGGAAAGGCUACCACGCGGCGGAGAUGGGCACCAAGCAACCCGCAAUGGCCUGGCAGCCAGAGGAAAUAGGCCCCGGACGGGAUAAUCGCUGGCCCAGUGUGGUUUUGGAAGUCGUUGUCUCGGAAUCGGACCCACGACCCAAGUUGCAGGCAGACCUUCGAUACUGGUUUCGGGCACCACCACUGGAUACCGUGAGGACCGUGUUUAUUCUCAUUAUUAACUCGAGGAUGGAUGAAAUUGUCAUUGAAAAGUGGGAACGCACCGCCGCGGACGAACGCCCUCAUAUUGUACAGCGAGUCGUGUUAUCGAGAAUGGAAACGGGGGGUAAUGUUAUGAUCACUGGCUCGCCCCUGAUUAUUGGCUUCGAGCAUCUGUUCCUCCGUCCGCCACGUACGCCUGAAGAGAGGGAUCUCCAGCUCAACGGAGAGAAGCUACAGUUUAUCGCAGAGAGGAUAUGGAGGUAUCAGAGGCUGAACUCCAAGUGA